GUCUCUCCCAAAACUGGGAAGGUGGAGAACCGAGUGCAGUCAUGGGAUUGUGUACUAAUAGAGUGAUAACAACAUCGCGUAUUUACAAAAUUGCCAUCAUGUCCCUUCUCGAACUCCACUUUUCCUGAAGUCCCAAUUUAUCAUCUCUCCCAAAGUCUCGUACCCUUCUUUUUCUCUCGAUUUUCAUCACAAACGAAUUAAAUUUUCGUUUUCUACCUCCAGUGAUUCUCCAGUUGUAACAGCAUCAAUGGCUUCAUCACCUUCUUCAACAGAACUUAAGCCCUUUUCAGUUCUCUUUGUAUGUUUAGGUAAUAUCUGUAGAAGUCCAGCAGCUGAAGGAGUCUUCACUGAUAUGGUCCAGAAAAGAGGCGUUGAAUCAAAAUUUAAGAUUGAUUCUGCUGGUACAAUUGGCUAUCACGAGGGUAAUCCAGCAGACCCACGGAUGAGAUCUGCUUCUAAACGUCGUGGGAUUGAGGUUACUUCUAGGUCCAGACCAAUUAGACCAUCUGAUUUCAGGGAUUUUGAUCUUAUCCUUGCAAUGGAUAUGCAAAACAAAGAUGAUAUAUUGGGUGCACUUGAGAGGUGGAAAUUUAAAGAGACUCUUCCUGAUGAUGCUCAUAAGAAGGUUAAGUUAAUGUGCUCAUACUGCAAGAAGCAUAAUGAGAAAGAAGUACCAGAUCCUUAUUAUGGUGGACCACAAGGUUUUGAGAAGGUCCUAGAUUUGCUAGAAGAUGCUUGUGAAUCGUUACUUGACAGCAUUCUUACAGAGAACAGUCUAAUUUCUGAUUCAUAGGACCCCAAAUUACAUGUUAAUGACGGAAAUAUCUUGUAAGUUUAAUAAUUAGAGAAUUUCAUUUCUGUGAAAUCAAAGACUGGGAACUCUGAUGAACCUGAUGAGGGACAACAUUCAUUUAGAUGAUGAUUAUGAAAUUUUUACUGGUUCCCAUCAUGUUAUAAUCCAUCCGUAUUCUACAUGCUAUUUUGGUUAUGAAUAUGGUCUCCAUCAUGUAUAAUCCCAUUUCUAUUAGCGAGUUCAUUAUUA